UGUCGGAGCAAAGUGCGGCCAGAGGAACUUGCUGAAUUUAGGAUCCCUGCAGCGGCGCGUGUGACGUCAGAGCAGGUCUGGCUGAGCAGCGCGAGCGCGACAUCAGCGCAAAAGACUGCAAAGCAUUCAGCUCCGAGAGCAGGCGAACAGCUUCCCAGUGGAGCAUCAGCCCGACUGUACAAUGCCCUUAGAGGAAGGAAAAGGAUGGAAAAAGAAGACAACUGACAUCAAGGAAAAUUAUGACUUCAAAGAAGUUCUGGGGACGGGGGCGUUCUCUGAGGUGGUGCUGGCUGAGGAGAAGAGCACUCAGCGCCUCGUUGCUGUCAAGUGCAUCCCCAAGAAGGCACUGGAGGGCAAAGAGAACAGUAUCGAGAACGAGAUAGUUGUGCUACACAGGAUAAAACAUAAGAACAUUGUUUCACUGGAGGACAUAUUUGAGAGUCAGACACACCUGUACCUGGUCAUGCAAUUGGUAUCUGGUGGAGAGCUGUUUGACAGAAUUGUUGAGAAGGGUUUCUACACAGAGAGAGAUGCCAGUAAACUCAUUCAUCAGAUCUUAGAUGCAGUGAAAUAUCUGCAUGAUGUGGGCAUUGUGCACAGAGAUUUAAAGCCAGAGAACCUUCUGUAUUAUAGCAUGGAUGAAGACUCCAAUAUCAUGAUCAGUGACUUUGGACUGUCAAAAAUUGAGGACUCUGGAACUGUGAUGUCAACCGCCUGUGGAACGCCUGGAUAUGUGGCUCCUGAGGUUCUGGCUCAGAAACCCUACAGCAAAGCAGUGGACUGCUGGUCCAUAGGGGUUAUUUCUUACAUUUUGUUAUGUGGAUAUCCACCAUUUUAUGAUGAAAAUGAUGCCAAGCUGUUUGAGCAAAUCCUGAAGGCUGAAUAUGAGUUUGAUUCUCCAUACUGGGAUGAUAUAUCAGACUCAGCUAAAGAUUUCAUAUGCCACCUAAUGGAGAAAGAUCCAGAGCUAAGAUAUACUUGUGAACAAGCCUUACAGCACCCAUGGAUCUCGGGAGACACUGCUCUUGACAAGAACAUCCAUGAGUCUGUCAGCGCUCAAAUUAAAAAGAACUUUGCCAAGAGUAAAUGGAAGCAAGCCUUCAAUGCGACAGCCGUGGUGAGGCACAUGAGGAGGUUACAGCUGGGCACCAGCCUGGAGGGCUCCAGUCAAAUCACCACCACCAGCCCCUGCCACAGACAUCUGCUCCUGCCUGCUAAAGAGCACCACCCGGAAGAAGAUGAGGACACUGAAGAGGAGGAGAACGGUUCUCCAGAUAUUGAUGGGCGACGCAACAGUGCUGAUCAGGACAGCGUCAGAAGCUGUGCAUACUGCUGUAGACCAACCAGCAGGGUCUGAAACGGACCGACUAGCAUGCAGAACCUAGAGAAGGCCAGCAGAUCCCAUUACACAUAUAUGCCAAUCACCACCAGUCUGGUACUGAACACAGAGCUUAAUUAAAAGUGUCCACCAGAGGGAGCUAGUGCAACAAGAAAGACAGCAAGACAGGCUUGGGGAGGACUGAACAUGCCAACCCAAUCGUUCCUUUAACUGUGGUUCAUUUAUAACACCCACUUUAGGUUUUGUCUGUUUUAUAUUUUGUAUCCCAACCAAAGAAAAAUCAUAAUUGUGUUCUACUGAGACUGGAAAGAUUAUUCUCCAGGUAUAUUCUCUGAAAGCAGUUUAAGAUGCUUUGGUAUGAAAUAUAUUAUUUAUGGAUUUAAAUGUUGUAGUCUGCUUUGUUAGUUUUGGCACCGAAAACAGAGAUUAUGAAAUUCUGAUGCCUCAUCAUAUUAGGCUUCACUUGAAAAUGUCCUGCCUUAAUCCAUGGUGUAUUUAUUUGCUGAAUGGUUUGUGCACUGUUCACAUCUCUGACCCUGCAUUCUGUGUCAGACUGGUUUAACACCGGCCGGUGAUUCACAGCUUUAAGCUAGUGCUCCCUCAUGCGUACAUGGGUCUAGGUUUUCCUUAGGCUGCUUUCACACUAGGCAUUUUUCCCAAAUCACCACACGCCAUGGCAGAAUGACACACCUUGUAAAAAAAAAAAAAAAAAAGUGCUGCCUCUGUUUUUUCUAUCACAGCACAGUGCUUCCAAAAGUUAAAAAAAAAAAAAACUUUUCAGAAAAGUCGCAGAGUGACGUCAAGCACUUUUCAUCUCUGAGCAAUCAACGUGCAGCUUGCUGGGAACUGUAAGUGAGAAAAAAAACAAACCACUUUAUCCUAAUCAGGGUCAUGGUGGAUCCCAAGCCUUUCCUGGCACAAGGCAGAGACACACCCUGGAUGGGAUGGGAUGCCAGUCCAUCGAAGGAAACCAUGUACACACAUAUUCACACCUACAGGCAAUUUAGUGUAACCGAUUCUCCUACAUGCAUUUUUUAGCUUGAGGUUGGAGGAAACCAGAGAACCCAGAGGAAACCCACACAGACAUGUGAAACCCAAAACAAUAACCCAAGCUCAGGAUUGAACCUGGGAGCCCUGAAACUGUGAGGAAAGCUACCUACUGCACCACUGUGCCACCCAUGAGUGAAUAUAAAAUGCUUAAAGAUACAGUAUAUCUCCAAAAGAACGUGGACACCUGACCAUCACGCUCAUAUGUCGGCCUUCCGCAAACUGUUACCACAGAGUCUGAAGCAGAGAAUUGUCCUUGUUUGCUGUAGCACUAAAAUUUCCCUUCACUGGAACUAAGAGGCUCAAACCUGUUACAGCAUGACAAUGUCCCUGUGCACAAAUCAAGGACCAUGAAAACAUGGUUUGCUAAGUUUGGAGUGGAAGAACUUAUGUGGCCUGCACAGAGCCCUGACCUCAACCCCACUGAACACCUUUCGGAUGGACUGGAAUGCUGACUGGCAUUCUCGCAUGACAUCAGUGCCUGACCUUACUAAUGCCCUUGUGGCUGAAUGGGCAAAUCCCCAGAGCCAUGUUCCAGAGUCCAGUGGAAAGCCUUCGCAGAAAAGUGGAGAUUAUUUUAACAGCAAAAGGGGGACUACAUCUGGAAUGGGAUGUUCAACAAGCACAUACAGUACUGUUCAAAGGUCUUAGGCACCCUAUUUUUUUAGUACAAACUUUGUUAUAGAUAUUUAUUUUAAGACUUCUACAUUACUGAUACAGUACAAAAUCUCAUAAACAUCUCAUAAACCAAUGUUUGGAAAUCUUUUUAGAUUUCCAAACAUUAGUUUUCCAGCACAAAAUUAAAUGUUACAGAAAAAUGUUUGUAUGUCAGUAGAGAAAGCAGCAUGUUACAUAAGAGACACAAAAAAAAACAUAAUGAAGGACGCUGGGUUUUGCUGCAAAUAUAAGAAGCAAGACAAAGUGUCCAGAAGAAGUGUGGCUGCUUCUGCAAGAUGCUCAGUAACACUUACAGCUCAUUUCCUUAUAAAACUGCACACACUGUACCUGAGACUAAUAUAUAUAUUUUUUAAAGCGAAGGAUCGUCACACCAAAUAUUGACUUUGUUUCAUUUAUUACUGUUUACUGCUAUUUAUAGUAUUUUUUUUAAUGUAGAAACAUUUAAUUUCAUUAUUUUUGAAGGCAUCUUUGCUCUACAGCAUUUCUUUGCAUGUGCCGAAGACUUUAGCACAGUACUGUAUGUGUGUGCUGGUCAGAAGUUCAUCUACUUUUUUCUAUAUAGUGUAUAUUCAGUCUGAGAUAUUUCAAUGUUUCAAUAUUUCAAAUUUUCAUAUUGCAAAACUAAAGAUAACAAACUUUUUUUUUUCCAACAUUCAUUGUCGUACAAGUACUGUCGCUCAAGCCAAAGCUCAAGCAAGCUGCCUCCUCUUUACCAUAGUUAUACCAUGUUUCAACCAUGUUUCAAAAAAAUAAAUCUAAUCUUUAUUAUCAUUAUUAAUAAUACUAUUGGCUAGUUAACCGUGGUGGUAGUGUUGUUAUGGUUGCAGUGUGCAUGCCAUGUGAGUCAGCUUUUCUUUUCAUAUCAGCAAAGAAGGUGCUUCAACCAGUGCUCUCUGUAGAAAAAAACGUCUAGUGUGAAAGCAGCCUUAUUCCAAAGUCAAAGGAGAGGAACUGAAUGGAUGUCCAUUUGUCAAGGGCUCAAACUGAGAUCCCCGUAGUACAUCCUCACACAACACCAGCAUGUGUGAACUAAGAGAGAAAAAUUUACAUUUUGGAUGGGAUAUUUACUUUUAACAAAGAUAUGGCACAAGAUAUUAUUACUGCUCCCUGUCACAGUCUUUCUGUGAGAAUGAAAGAUGGAUAGCACCUUGUGUGUCACAGUGACCUACCAAACAGUUCGAAGUGCUUUACAGAUCAGUUGUGGGCAUUAGCAGUGUACUGAGGGGUUUGAUUGGCCUUGAUGUUGAGCAGGGAUCUCAGGUUUGAGACACUGACCACAAUCUGUACCAUGCUCCUUAAAGAAGAUGUUUAACGUUUGCAUGACCUCGUAAAUGUUUACAUAAGCGAUGACAAACAUUAGAUAUUAUUAUUAUUAUCACUAUGCUAAUGUGACAAGACAUUGAAACUUUUAUUGUAUGAUGUUGAAAACACAAAGUAUUUUGGCACUAAUGGAGGGCCACUUUUGAAUAUGAUGUGAAAAGCACUUGUGUUUUUUUCCCUUUAGUUCUUGGACUAUUGUUUGUAUACAGUUGUCUGAAGUUUUCAGUGCUGAGUUGAAGGUCUCAAAUGUUUCCUCUGGCCACAUCUACUGAUACUAAAAGAUUACAAAUAAUGUGACAAGCUUAGCACUGUUUACUUGUAAUUCCGUUAGUUUGGCCACAAGAAGAUAAAACAGUCAUUAGAUAAUAGCUCAAAAUUAUUAAGUAUUAACAGUGCUCAUAUAGCUGCUCCCACAGCUUGUAGUCUAGUCUAUAAGGGAAAGCAAAUGUCCAUAAGUACCAUAAUCAUUGAACCGCUAUUACACUAAAUACAUGAGUUAUAAUGCCUAGCAUUACUAAGCACAGAAUUCUGCCAUCUGAUGUGCUGGACAGUAUUGUGUAUAAGAAACAGGAAAACUCCAUAAAACACCUUCAACUUUUAUUGCUCUAAUGUCAUGAAUUUGUGUAGUGAACUAUAGAUCAAUUAUACUCUAACAAGUCUAAUUAUUACUGAUUUGAUUUAUUUCCUUUUAAGAUUUCAAUUACGUUCUGUUGCACUGGGCAAUUUCAAAUAUAAAAUGAAUCAAAUGUCCAUUUAUUAUAAUUUAUGCAUUGGAAGAUUGUAAAAAAAAUUUUAUUUUUUUUUUGUAAAGGCUGUUUUGAGCUACCAAUAUAUGGAUGCAAUGCAUCAUGGGAUAUUGAUGGAUUAACAAAAAGUUAAAGAUUUAUAUCCUUGAGGAUCUUGUAGCAGGUUCUGAGAUAAACCCUCUUGUCUAUGCAUUGUGUACCUUGUAAACUUUAUAUGUACAGUGCAAAUAAAGUUCACAUCAAAGUGCUAUGCAAAGCACGGCU